AUGGCGUCGUCAGAAAAUGAGACUAUCUCUUUGGAUCAUAUCCAUCCAAAACCUGCAAAUCUUGGAGAACAACUCUCCAUUACGGGAAGCAGAGAUCUACUGACAGCUGCCAAUCGUUCUUCUAGAUCCCGCCGAAGCGUUAUGGUCAUUCUUGUUGCUAUUGCAGUGGCAAUUUCUGCAAUCAUCGCGGCAGUGUUCAUUGGAAACUACGUUUCAGAAUACCUUAGUGAUGAUAACAUGAAAAGCAUCGACGAGUGCAGCACUGGAAUCUAUGUGUGUGACAUAAAUGCGAACUGUAGUAACACUGAAGACUCUUAUAUCUGCGCCUGUAAGGAAGGAUACACCGGAGACGGCGUUUUGGCAUUUCGUUUUCGCGAUGGCAACCAUGUUUGCGAUGUUAAUUCGAAUUGUAACAACACAGAUGGUUCUCACAUUUGUACUUGCAAGGAAGGAUACACUGGAGAUGGACAGUCAUGUCAAGAUAUCGAUGAAUGCAGCAAUGGAAGCCAUGAUUGUGACGUAAAUGCGAAUUGUACCAACACUAAUGGCUCCCAUAGCUGCACCUGUAAGGAAGGAUACACUGGAAAAGGAGAGUCAUGCCAAGAUAUUGACGAGUGUAAAGGAAGUCACUCUUGUCACGUGAAUGCUACAUGCACGAACACCCUUGGAUCACAUGUAUGUCAAUGUCACGCUGGAUAUACUGGAAAUGGACAAAACUGCACAGAUAUUGAUGAAUGCCAAAAAAAUACUCACGAUUGUCACCUGAACGCUACUUGUCAAAACACAAAUGGAUCCUUUGUGUGCACCUGUUUAUUUGGAUUUAACGGAGAUGGACGGAACUGCACAGACAUUGACGAGUGCUCACAAAUGAACAUGUGCGAUAAGAACGCCUCUUGCAGUAAUACCCAGGGCUCCUACAGUUGCGCCUGUAAUCCUAAAUACAUUGGGGAUGGUCUGAAUUGUAAAG